AUGGGGCGUUACACAGGGAGAAGCUGUCGCCUGGCUCUGAUGUGCUUGGUGAGCCUGAUUCUCUUUGUGAUGGAACUAACCAUUGCAUACAUUGGCAACUCCCUCUCCUUGGCCUCCGAUGCCUUUGCCGUCCUCUCUCACCUCAUUUCCAUGAUCAUAGGUUUGUUUGGGGUCCGGGCCAGCACAAUCAGACAGAACGAGAAGAGCACUUAUGGUUUUCCACGGGCUGAUGUGCUGGGAGCAUUUGGCAACUCCAUUUUUGCUGUGGCCCUGAUGUUUAGCAUCCUGGUCGAAGCCAUCAAGAGAUAUAUCAACCCACAGAAGACAGAAGCAGCCCUACUGGUCCUUACUGCUGGGAUUAUUGGGCUCUUCUUCAAUGUGCUCAACUACAUUGUCUUUCUAGACUGCUGUUACUGCACUGCCAGCAGGGCCCAGGGAGACACUGAAACAGGUGAUUCAGCGAAUACCCAGAAUGAACCUCAAGAGGUUACUAUAAAAAAAGAGAAAAAAUCUGAAGCCCUGAAUAUCAGAGGUGUUCUUUUGCAUGUAAUGGGAGAUGCACUGGGGUCUGUGGUUGUGGUAAUUGCUGCUAUCAUAUUCUAUGUGCUUCCUCUGGAGGGAGAUGUUCCAUGUAACUGGCAGUGCUACAUUGACCCAAGCCUCACUAUUAUCAUGGUCAUCAUCAUUUUGUCAUCUGCCUUUCCACUUAUCAAAGAGACAGCAUCCAUUUUGCUACAGAUGGUUCCCAAAGGCAUCAAUUUGGACGAAUUGGUGGGCAAGUUAUCCAAUGUGCCUGGAGUUAGCAGCAUACAUGAAGUGCACAUCUGGGAACUUGUAAGUGGGAAGAACAUUGCCACUCUCCACAUCAAGUACCAAAAGGGCAAAGAUUACCAAGAUGCCAAUUUCAAAAUGCGAGAAAAUUUUCCAAUGCAGGGGAUCCACAAUGUAACCAUCCAGCCAGAAUAUGUGGACCAGAAGGAAUCCUUGGAGCAGGACUGGAUGCUCCUCUGUAGCUCACCCUGCAUCUCCAAAGCCUGUGCGAAUCAGCUCUGCUGCCCUCUAGAGAUGCAGUCACUUACCCACAUCAAUGGCUGUACGGAGCCCAAUGGUUGCCCUCCAACUGCAACAUACAGAAGCGAUGGCUUAAGUCGAAAUGACACAGCUGCAAUCAUCAUUGAAGCAGAUUGUCAGAGUAACAGUGGCCCAGCUUCUAAACAGACACAAGGAGAUCUGAUCUUUGUCAAUAACACUCAUUUAUAAUUUGGUCUCAGCAUUGAAAUUCAACUAAUGGAGAAAAGCAGCUUAGUCAUCCAGCUCCAGCUGAUCCUUGUGGAAAGGGCUCCCUGAGCUGUGAUCACUGACCAAAAUUAGUAAUGUAUUUUUGUGUUAAAAUAAGGGGUUAAGUCCUUUUAAGUCCUCGGCAAUUUUAAGAUUCACAAACCCUUUCCACCCCCACCAUCCACCCCCAUUCUGUGCAGGUGAAUAUUGUGGACCUGUUCACAUAUUUACCUGAGCAUCUCCUCUUUAAUCAUUUUAGUUUGAACAUUUAUUUCCUGAGGUAAAUUGAAAAGUAUAGAGACAAUGUAAACUGGAGACUAGAAUUCAAUGCUUUUGAAGGACUGGGAUUCGAAUUUUCUUCCCCUACCCCUACCCACUUUUGGGUCAUUUUUGACUGAAUUCUACUUCUAGUCCACUCUGAGAUGAGCUGAUGGAUAACAGCCUAUGUACUUUGUCUAUGUGUGUGUAUAUGUAUUUAUGUAUAUGUGUGUAUAUACACACAUAUAUGUAUAUGUAUAUGAAGGCCCAUAAUAUUUGUGUUGUUCCAAACCCUAAAUAAUGAAUUUCCAGUGGUGUUCCACCCUACCCCACUGUUUCUCCAACACCUUGGUUCCUCUCUGAAAAGAGAAUAAAAUGGGACUCAUAAAGCCAAAAAAGACUCUCAGGAACAUCAGAAGGGGUCAUUGAGGUCAACAGAAAAAAAAAUUCCCCCCCUUGAUAACGUGUUUGCUUUCAGAGAUGGAGAAAAAAGUGAUUCUUUCUUGCCUUUUUUUUUUUAAGGGACACAACCACAGAUAUAGGAUCAAGAAGUAUUGAGUAAGUUUUUUUUUCUCUCUUAAAAUUCCAGGAAAAUAAACCCUUACUUAGGGUAGCAUACAUUUUUUGUUUUCAGCAGUCAGUCUAUUUGGGGCUGCUCCCAUUUAUUGCUUUGGCCCAAGACCUAGUUGUUUAUCUGAAAUGAGCAGGAGAAGAUGAACAUUAUACAGAUUUUUAAUACGGAACAUUUUAGUUUUCAUUCCUACCAAAUAAACAAGCUAGUUUGUAGUUUCAUGCCCAGUUCAGGGUGAUUGGUUUUCCCUAAAUUACAUAUAUUUUCAUGUAUUUAUUUUAACUUUCCUUUUUAGCAAUUUGAUAGGAAAAAUUAUGUUAGAAGGCAGAAAAUGCAGAUUUAUUUAAAUACAACUUUGAAUGUAUUCUGAGGGAUUUGAAAAAUUUCUUUUGUUUCUGACCCCACUCAUCAGAUCAAAUAGACACAAUUAAAAUAUGGUUCUAAUUUUGUUAUGUUGAAGAACACACCAUCUUUUUAAUCAUUGUUCAAAUAUCAGUAUUUUAAUGGGAUAUAAAGAUAAGGACAGUGCCUCACUGGAGUUUUAGAAAUUGGAUCAGGUUAGGUGAAGAUGGAACUUCAGGCAGUUUAGAUUUGAGUCUCUUAAUGUGCACAAGAAAUCUCCUAUAGUGCAAAGUUCGUAAUGGCAAUAGAUUUCCCAAUGUAAUAUAAAUUAUUUCCUAUUCUCUUAGUGAGUUUUAGAGGCAGGAACAAUUAUACUAGUACAGAUGAAAAUGGAAUUGGCCCAUUUGUUACUUCUGAAAAUGUAUCCCUAUUUUCUUUUUUUUGGUGUUUUGUUUUUUUUUUUUAGUGAGGCAAUUGGGGUUAAGUGACUUGCCCAGGGUCACACAGCUAGUAAGUGUUAAGUGUCUGAGGCUGGAUUUGAACUCAGGUACUCCUGACUCCAGGGCUGGUGCUCUAUCCACUGCACCAUCUAGCUGCCCCCCCUAUUUUCUUAUCCAAGUCUCUCUGCCAUGAGAGAAGUAAAUUGAAAACUGUGUACAUGGGUUUUUAUCACCCAAAGAGUAUUUCUACCCUCCUGGUAGAUAUGGUAAUGUGCACUUAUAGCUUUUCAGAAAGUUUCUAGAGCAAAGUUGAACUUUUUUUUUUUUUAAAGUAAGGGUAUGGCACAAAUGGAUACAAAUCAGGAGACUAUGUGAAGUUUAUAGUGCUAAUAUUUUACAUUCUACUAUUUUAAAUAUUAAUGAGGGGUCGGCGAGGUCUGCAAACCAAAGAAACAAUUGGGCUUUUCUUGUCAGUUUCUUUCUUUUUUUCUUGUCAGUUUCAAUGAGAAUUUAAUUUUUCUAACAUUCUGAAAACACCGAGGUGGGAUAGUUUUAUGUGAAGACUGUAUUAAUAGACUGUAUAUUGGCUUGCACCCAAAUAGUUUUUUAAUAUGAUGUAUAUACAUAUACACAUGUAUGUGUAUAUGUGCAUAUAUACACACAUACAUAUAUAUAAUAUAAGAUUCUGUGAGGUGCCUAUUUUGAAAUGUGUGAAAAAACCCCAUUUCCAAUAUAGUUAAGUAGAACUUAAGAAAAAGCCUCCCAUUCCUACUGCUAAAAGUACCUAAGCAGUUUAGUAAUCAAAUAAUAAUGCAUUUUUUCAAUUCAGUUUGACAAACAUUUACUAAGUGUCCACUCUGUACAAGGUACUGUGCUAGACACCACACUGGUUGGACACCAUCAAGAAUGCUGAAUAGUUGGAUAUCUGUGAAAUACAUUUUAAAAAAUUUCUGAUUAACAUAGAUUUUUUUUAUGAUGUAGAAAAGCAUCGCAAUUAUAAUUUCUCUAUUUGGCUGAUUUUUCCCUUCAUUUUUUUGUCUGUUUGU